AUGACUCUAGGUAUACGAGAAGAUAUAUCAGAGGAUGGGUUACGUUACAGGAUAUAUAGAGCCAUGUCGACUCCCGCAUACAUUAGUUUAGCUUACAUAGACCCAGUGAAGGCGGCAUUUGACCUUUCAACUGAUAUUGACUCUAUGGCACAAUCAAGAAAUAUUGAAGACACCUCCCAGUUCGUUGGUCAUCCCAAAUGUCAGAAAAUUGUGAAGAAGGAAUGGUUAGAUAGACAGCCUUUGUGGCACACACGAAACGGUUGGUUGUGGACUAUCCUGUAUGGGCUUUACUGCGUCUUAGUUUACGAGUGUCUGAUGCCCAUACUCGCACUCAUUUACAUAAUAGCACCGUGUUCGCCAGUCACUAAGAUAUUGGACAACCCCAAAGCAAAGUUUAUUAUGGAUAUGUUUUCGUGCUUUAACUUCUUGGUUUUAGUAAUUGUCUUGAAUAUAAUUAUAGAUAGUCCGGGUGAUGUGUCGAGCAACACGCUCUACUCUCGCUUCCUCGUCACUAUAUUUGUUUAUGACAUAGCCCUCCUCUUGAAGGAGAUCCGCCAGGUGGUUAGACAUGGCGGCAAAGCACAUUUUGUGAACGUGUUAACUUAUAUCGAUAUUAUAAUUUUGGUGUCAUUUUUGGUGGAUAUCAUCAUGCGGUUCUUGAUGUAUAAUCAUGUUGGAAACCUGCUGUACAUGUUACUGUACAAAGAUCUGUGGACACCAGGAAUUCUCAUCCUGGCUUGCAUUCGCUUCAUGCAUUACAUCUAUAAUAGUUUGUACCUUGGAUCCAUGUUGUUACUGUUCACCGCCAUGAAGGACGACGUUGUCCGUUUCCUGUGCAUCUUUGCAAUGGUUGUUCUUUCAUUCGCUCUUGGAUUUUACUACAUGUACGUUGGAGUGGAUAAGACGGCUUUCAAUGAGUUUAGCUCAACUGUUGCAACUCUCAUUACGGUUAUAUUCGGAGCCGAUGCGUCUACAAAUCUCAAAGUGGAGGUACUAUACAACACAACAGGUGGCAAAUACGACGCUACUCGCCCAUUUUGGGUGAUAGGAUACUGGCUUUAUAUUUUGUUCGGAACGUCCACAUUGGUCGUACUGCUCAAUAUCUGCAUCGCAAUGAUGUCAGACACCUAUGCCAGAUUAAAGGAAAGCAUUGACAUGCUUUGGAAAUUUCGUAGAACACAGAUAUGGGUUGACUACUUCAACGCUCCAGUAUUGCCAGCUCCAUAUAAUAUCAUACCAUCCGUCUCGUGUGUCAAUGCCUUAGUAGCUUCAUUUUGUUGUACGAAGGAAAGGACGAUAGAGGGCACUACGGACACUUUUCAGAUGAAUGGUGGCACUUACCUGAGACAGGAACAUUCAUUGAAAACACCUUUAACAUAUGACGAGCUGAUGACAGUUCUACUAACACGCUAUGUCGCUGAGACUGGAAUUGCAAAGAUAAAGAACUUCCCAACAAAAACACAUCCCGACUUUCAAAUGCACUUCCGGCAAGGACAUACCUUACAUAAUGGGUAUAUUCAAAGUUCGCGUAACCGAGCAUAUAUGGCCGACAUCGUUCUUGGUUAA